AUGGAUGGGAGUGAAAUUAUUGAAGCACAUGGCAGUGUCGCAUUGGAGGCGGCACCUUCCCCUCUUUCAAUUGUUGCCAUUGCUAUAAAUGGGAACAGAAAGAGCAAAUACAUUGUUAGAUGGGCUCUGGAGAAGUUUGUUCCAGAGGGAAAUGUUUUCUUCAAGUUGAUACAUGUGCGCCCAAGGAUUACUGGAGUUCCAACACCAAUGGGAAAUCUGAUUCCAUUGUCACAAGUACGAGAAGAUGUAGUAGCUGCAUAUAGAAAGGAAAUUGAGUGGCAGACAAGUGAGUUGCUUCUUCCAUACAAGAAAAUGUGUGCUCAAAAGAAGGUGCAAGUAGAUGUUGUAGUCAUUGAAUCAGACGACGUGGCAAAUGCAAUAGCGGAGGAGAUUGCUAAGUCUGCUAUAAGCAAUCUUGUCUUAGGUACCCCAUCUCGUGGCAUGUUUAAAAGGAAACAGAAGGGACUGUCCUCAAAAAUCUCAGCUUGCAGCCCGAGAUUUUGCACCGUAUAUGCUGUUUCAAAAGGAAAAUUGUCAUCAGUACGCGCAUCUGAUUCCGAGUCAGUUGCAAGCAUUAGAGAUGACAAUAGUGACACAUGUUCUAUCAACAGUUCUUCAAGUUAUGCGUCCGGCUCACAGACAGGCACAGAUCGUGGCUCGGUUGGUUCAUACUCCCAUUUCCGUUCUCCUUCCCUUCCAAUGCAGCGAUUUCAAGCUCUUACAACUAUCAACCAGACCCUUCUUAGUACAAAGACAAAUUCCAAUGAAACCAUUCAUUCUAGAUGCCAAUCUCAGGAUCUUGGGGAAGGGAAGGAUGGUAUGAAUUCUUGUCCCAGCAAUUCAGAUGUUGUGCAUACACCGAGUCAGCCCUCUAGUAGUGGAAGCUUCCUAACAGAUAAUCGGUCAUGGACUUCUGAUCAAGCGUCCACCUCAGACGUGGUUACAGAUUAUUCAUCUGAGAGCCAGGCAAAUAUCAACUUGGAGCUAGAAAAGCUGAGAAUUGAACUCAGACAUGUCAAAGGAAUGUAUGCAAUGGCUCAAAGUGAGACUAUUGAUGCUUCUAGGAAGAUAAACAAUUUAAAUAAACGCCGAUCAGAGGAAGCAAUGAGGCUCAAGGAGAUAAAUUCAAUGGAGGAGAAAGCCAAAGUAUUUGCAACACAAGAGAAGGAGAAGUAUGAAGCUGCUAAGAUAGAGGCUGAGUAUAUGAGAGAAUGUGUUGAAAGAGAAGUUUCGCAAAGGAGAGAAGCAGAGAUGAAAGCCAUGCAUGAUGCCGAGGAGAAAGAAAAGCUUGAAAGUGUACUUGUAGGUCCUGUGCAGCAAUACCAGAAGUUCAUGUGGGAUGAGAUUGUUACUGCCACCUCAUCUUUCUCUGAGGAUCUUCGGAUUGGAAUGGGCGCGUACGGAACUGUCUAUAAGUGUAGUUUUCAUCAUACAACUGCAGCAGUGAAAGUUCUUCACUCUAAAGAGAAUCGCCAAACUAAGCAAUUCCAGCAGGAGCUUGAGAUCCUGAGCAAAAUCCGCCAUCCCCACUUGCUUCUCCUUCUUGGUGCAUGUCCUGAACACAGUUGCCUAGUGUAUGAGUACAUGGAGAACGGUAGCCUGGAGGACAGGUUGCUCCAGAAAAACAGUACACCUCCUAUUCCUUGGUUUGAGAGGUUCCGAAUUGCUUGGGAAGUAGCCUCAACUCUCAUCUUUCUUCACAGCUCAAAGCCAAAACCAAUCAUCCAUCGUGAUCUGAAACCAGCAAACAUCUUGCUUGAUCAUAACCUUGUGAGCAAGAUUGGUGACGUUGGCCUUUCUACAAUGCUUAACUUAGACCCUUCUAUGUCCAGCAUAUACAAUGACACAGGGCCUGUUGGGACUCUCUCUUACAUAGACCCGGAGUAUCAAAGGACUGGGAUAAUCUCUCCACAAUCUGAUGUUUAUGCUUUUGGAAUGGUGAUCUUGCAGUUGCUGACUGCAAAACCAGCAAGAGCUUUAACCCAUCUGGUGGAAACAGCUAUUAGUGAUAGAAAUUUAAUGGAUGUUUUGGAUCCUAAAGCUGGGGUUUGGCCAAUGGAAGAGACGAGGCAGUUGGCUGAAUUGGGAUUGAGUUGUGCAGAGCUUCGACGCAGAGACAGACCUGACUUGAAAGAGCAAGUAGUUCCUCUGCUGGAGAGACUGAAAAUGGUUGCUGAUAAAGCAAGAGAUUCAGCUUCCACAGUUCAGUGCCGCCUACCUCCUAACCACUUCCUCUGUCCAAUUCUUAAGGAUGUAAUGCAGGAACCUUGUGUGGCUGCGGAUGGUUACACUUAUGAUCGCAAAUCAAUAGAGACAUGGAUUCAAGAGAACGAUAAGUCGCCAAUGACGAAUUUGCCAUUGCCAAAUAAGAAUCUAAUACCAAAUUAUACUCUUCUUUCUGCCAUUAUGGAGUGGAAGUCCAGGGGACAAUAG